AUGCCUCUCAGCAUGCCUCCACGCCAAGAGGCGGGAAUGCCUAACAAGGGUCUCCUCUUCAGGACCGGUAGCCCUGGUCGUCUGACAGCCCUCGAAAGGGGGACGUCCCAGGUUGACGACAACAGCAACAACUACGACAACAGCAGCUACGACAACAGCAGCUACGACAAGAGUUUCGAGUGUCUCGGCUUCGAAUGGGUACCACAAUACUUGCCAUAUGAAGGCUCAGGGUUUUACCUUGACGGACAAUUUCCGGACCUUUCGGCGAAUACUCAAAACACAUGCGAUGCAGCUUAUCAGACAAGCCAAGCCUACAAUGGCCUUGAUUGGCAGCAUCUCGACUCUCAUCUACCCCUUCAGCAGAUAACCACACUGAUUGGGAACGAUUCCGACGUUUCCAGAUGGGUUUCGAGUCCUAUCCCAAGGUCGAUGAUCCAAGGUCUUCCACUGAUGCAGCUGGACAUGACUUCAUCACCGCUUGUGGACAUGCCGAUGCAGUCAUGGGACCUUCAGUACAUCCACAGCUCCGGUCCCCCCAUGAAUGAGGAGCAACUGACUGCAAUACUCCAACUCGGGCAAGACACCUGUGCCUGUAUGAGCCCCUUUGGACGGCAAACCACCGGUAGCACGAGCAUGGCACACACUCCGGACAUGGCAUGGCAAACAGGUACCGGAAGCAACUCGUCGACAAGCCCAAUCAGCUCGAACGAUGAUCAGUUCAUAUGCGAUUAUCCCAGCUGCAAGGCUACAAGACCCAGUCAAAAAGAGCUCAAGUAG